AUUAAAAUAGAGCUUGUCUUCGGCCGAAAACAAAAAGGGUUUGAGUACAUGUGAAAACAAAUAGGUUUUCUCUUGCUGAAAAGCUCAUUAUAGCUCCAUCCAUGGCGGCAAAAAAUCAAUGUACUUUUGGACUAAGGAUCACAGGUUGUGUUGCAACCCUUUCUGCAGCUUUAGCUUUGGCUACAGCCCGUCAGUCAGUUCACUUCUCCGAUGUCAAUGUUUCUAUUCAAGUUGGAUAUAGUGAUUUGAUGUGCUACAUGUGUCUUCUCGUUGUGAAUGUCAUCGUAUGCGUUUACAGCUUUGCAAUCAAUCUUCUUCCUAAGAAAAGUUUGCUGUGGCGAUCAGUUGUGGUAAUUGAUGCGAUGUUGAUGGUGCUACUUGCUUCAAGCAAUUCAGCUGCCUUGUCAGCUAUUUGCCUGGAAAGGAAUGGAAAUUUUCAUGCAGGGUGGAGAGGUAUUUGUGGGCUUGCUCCACAAUACUGUGACCAUAUAAUUGGAGCUAUAGCUGCUAGCUAUCUUGGGUUUGUCAUAUAUAUGAUACUGCUUCUCCUCGCCAUCAAUAAUCUCCUAAAUCCUCUACUUGUGCAAUAG